AAUCCAUCUGCGCUUGAUGGACCCCGUGGAUUGGUUGGACUUUGUCGCAGUGACCCUUUUCCUAUAGGACUGGUUAAUAGAGAAGGUAAAACUGGUCUUUGCAUUAGUCAUCUCCCAGAGGACUUGCUUAACUUGAACAUUUUUUAAUUAUUUGGUACAAUGAAUGAAGACUUAACAUCAAGGUUUUAAAGUCAGCUAGUCGACUCUAGUCGCCUGAGCACCGAUAAGGUGACUAAUCGCGAUUAGUCGUCAAUUUGCUCGAUUAGUCGAGCCUAGUCGACUCCUAGUCGUCCUAUAGUCGUCCACCUAUAACAGGACCAUAUGUGUUGGUGUGUGUGUAGUUGUAGCUGUCUAGCUGGACUGCAGGACUGCAUGAAUUGUGCCAGUGCCACUGUCAUCGUUCUGGGGCUGGGGCAACACAGAUUCUGGGGAAAUGGCUUCAACAUUAUUACGCUGCCUUUUAUUCUCAUCUACAGCGGCACAACAAUCAAGUGAAGCGCAACUCAAGAGGCCAAGGCGGGCACAAUACUGCUCAAUGAGGAGUGGUCGCCUACUCACCUGUUCAGCCAUUGAACAGACAACAGAGGAGGACAUUAGCGCGCUGGAGGGGGGUCUCUGUAGACUACAUCCGUCGCGUGAUGCAGGGGGCGCAAUUGCUGCUCGAGGAGAGGGCCGGACGGCGGGAGAGGAGGGCGCGACGAUGGAGAAGGGGCGGCGACACAAGAGAAGGGGUGGCGGCGCUGGGGAAGGGUGCUCGUGAGACAUUGUGUACUGUAUUGGUACAGGUAGAAGCGUAGGGCAAAACAGUGUUUGUGUUGUGUACAGAUGGUGGGUCGGCCCACAUAAUAGAGGCCGAAUUAGUGGCCCAAAACAGGCAUAACUAGUCGACCAUAACCCCUAGUCGGACGACUAAUCACGAUUAGUCAGCGACUAGGACGACUAAUCACUACCUAGUCGCUCUAGUCGAGUUGGAGACCCUAAUCGAGCUCGGACUAGCGAUAAGACCGACUAAUCGUGACUAAUCGCGAUUAGUCGGACGGCUUUAAAACCUUGCUUAACAUCUAGAUGGACCCCGUGGAUUGGUUGGACUUUGUCGCAGUGACCCUUUUCCUAUAUGACUGGUUAAUAGAGAAGAUCUCUUGGAGCCAUGUUUAUUGUCCACUUCCUUAGCGCGUGAGACUGAACCAUGUGCCCGAUCGAUUUCAUGGUCUCAACAAGGAUUUGCACCUAACUCUGGGUGUUUGCUGGCUGUUUGCACUAUGGAUGGUCAUGUGAAGCUUUACAGGUCACCAAUUUGGGAGCUAUGUGAUGAAUGGGUUGAGGUCGCAGAUAUAUCACAGUUGCUGUUUAACUACUAUAAACUUAUAAACUUUGGAGAGGAUAAUGGUUCUCAUUUGACUUCUCUGAAGAAUACAAAUACUGGGGAGACAGAGGUUUUAGGAUCUGCUUAUGAAUUGCAAGAAUCUCUUUAUUUCAGGUGUCCUGGACAGAGAAAACUAAAGCGAUCAAGAGUUGAUGGUUUUAUUUAUGACGUCAAUGAAGUUGAUUUAGAUGCAUCAAAGGAUGCAGACUUCUCGAUCGAACCAUGUUCUAAAUCAAAGAAGAAAUAUUUGAAAAAGACUGUAAAACCCAGGCAUGAAGUAGUUGCUGUAAAUGAACGAAACAACACAGGAAAUAUUAAAGGAUCAUUGUCCUCCAAUGGAGAAAACAAAUCCCUUCCUCUUAUCACGGCAAAACAGUAUGCUUGUCGUGCUGCACAUUUGUCUUCCCUUGUAGUUUCAUGGUCUCCAGUUGUGUCAUCAAGUGAUAAAACAUCUUGUUUAUUGAGGCAUUGGUGCAUUAUUGCUGUUGGCUCUAAAUCCGGAAAUCUUUCUUUUUGGAAACUACCUAAGCCAGAAUAUUACACAAUAGAUGCUGGCGUGGUUACCAGUGAUCCAAUGCUCAUCGGGGUUUUGCAAGCUCACAAAUCAUGUGUCAGUGUCAUAGCUUGGCAAGUUCUUUCUGCGGGCUCUUCAAAAUCCUCGUUGCUUUUAGCUACUGGAUGCUCAGAUGGAAGUGUUAAGAUAUGGUUAGGGAAUAUUGAAGGGUUAAAUCAAUGUGCAAGUGGAGAAGUGCCAUUUGCGUUAGUUGCUGUGGUCGCCACUGAUUUAUCAUCUCCAGUGUCAUCAAUCUCAUUAGCCAUACCUGCCCAGUCUCAACACGAGGUCAGUUUGGCAAUUGGAAGAGUAUCUGGGUCACUAGAAAUAUGGAUAUGGAAUGCAUCUAGCAACAAAAUUGAGAUUUUCAGUGCAUGGCAUGCACAUGAUCAAGUGGUAACAGGUUUACAAUGGGCUAUGGAUGGCUAUUGUUUAUUCAGCUGCAGUCAGGACAAUUCUGCACGUUGUUGGAUCUCUCACGAAAACCACCUUGAAGAAAUUUUUAUGCAUUCAAAUUUUCCAGAGCUAAGGGAGUCAGCAGACCUAUCAGAACUCUCUGAUCGAUGCUAUGGUCUUACACUAGCACCUGGAGAACAGAUGAUUGCUGUGGUCCGCAGUUUGGAUCUGAACCUUCUGAACCAGAUGUAUCAAGUCAGGACACAAAAGGCGGUGGUUGAGUUCAUUUGGAUUGGUGGCCAAUUUGUUGGUAUUCCACUAGACAGGAGCAUUGAUAUUUGCAGUUCACAGUCCACAGACUUAUCCUCAAGUAAUCUCAUGUGGUGGGGAUCCAACAUUUUGUGGUCGCUGAAGAAAUACGAAAAUGUAGAAAAGAGGCUUGUGAUAUGGGAUGUUGUAGCUGUGCUGCAGGAGUUGAAGAAAUCCGCACCUGCCUUUCUGGAGACUCUAGUGCAUAGUUGGGUCUCAGUGUUACUUUCGGGCGACCCCCAGUGUGUUUCUAUCGAUGCUCCAUCACGUUCAAUGCAUGACAUGAUGCCCUAUGUCAGCACGCGGAAGCUACACUUACUGAACAUAAUGUGCAGAAAAGUAAUGGUCAGCAUUCACACACAUCAUGGUCCUGGUGCUGAAAACGGCAAUGAGGAAACAACUGAUUUCUGGAGCACUCUUUUGGUGAGGAGCGAAACAGAGCUGCGAGAGAGGCUGGUUGGCUUCACCUUUGCUGCAGUCCUGAAACGGACAGCGUAUUUGUUCAAUGGUACCUCUACUGAAAAUUGCUGGUUUCCUGUUGGGGUUGCCCAGAUGGAUUCUUGGGUAACCAUGAAUUACGACGGACAAGUGCAUGACCAGCUGCAGUCUAUCAGAUCAAAGAUCAAAGAUUUAGGAAGCAGGAUCGACGGAUACUCUGACGUAGAAAGCUGCCCCUACUGCUCUUCGCCGGUCCAUUUCGAGUCGCCUGACGUAGCCAUCUGUGGGGAAAGGCACACACUGCCGCGGUGCAGGGCGUCCAUGAUCCUGUGCUCCGUUGUGCAGCCUUUGUGGCACUGCGUGUGCUGCGGAGGCACGGUCAACAAGCUGUUGCCGGAGUCGUUCUUCACCAUGCAGGCGUCCACCAUGCAUGAUGAAGGAUCGCUCGAUCUGUCAGCAGCCUCCGUCCCACUUUGCCCCUUCUGUGGCAUCCUCCUGCAGAGGUCGAUGCCGGCGUUCCUGCUCUCCACCUCGCCGGCAUAGAGGCUCUCUGUGGAUGCUAGUAGGCAUCCACCAGGUGUAGCAUGCAGUAGCAAUGUAGUACUAGUAAAGUUUGUUCUAGUCGAUGCUGCUUACACUCAGUUACUCUUACCAAGUAUGGCUGGCAGAGUGUCGGUUACUGGUCAUUUUUUAGGUCCCUUUUGAAUGAAUACGAUGAGUUCUUUUGUUUGGUUUCUUUUGGACCCUGACGGUGGCAGAUUACCAGGCCAAGUUCAGCUAUCUCGAAUUGUCUCAUUC